GGUGUGGGCAAGUCCAAAGCCUCGCGGCAACUCGCUCUGCAGGUUAUCCCGGUGAAUCACUCCUCAUUCGGCUAUAAGUAGGGCAACUUUCCUAAUGGUUUUAUUUUCCUUUUCGCGCUCCCAACAGGGACUUUGUUUCCAGACACCAUGAGUAAGUCCAACAGCCUGAAAGUAAAGAGCUUUUUUAAAUUAAAAUCACCUGAGAAAGAUAGCAAGGACUUGGAACGGUCGGACACCCUCAAAGAUGGAGUAUCGACUUUACCGACGAGCCCCGGUCCCCUCAGCCCGGGACACAACGCCACAUUGGCCGGCGAUGUUGUACCCAUUCCCCCCAAAGAAAAGAAGGGAAGGCGGCUGUUGUCAUUCAAGAUGAAACGGAAGAAAUCCAAGCGCAAAGAACAAGAAGGAGAAGAGGUGUUCUUCACUGAUGAAGUGGGCAACUUCAACAAACAACUGAGCUAUGACCAGAUGAGUGUUUCCACAGAGUGCAGUUUCCGGACUGAAUCAGACUGGGAACCUUAUUCUGAGUCUACCUCCAUGAUCAGCUUCGACAUGACUCAGGCACACGGGCCCAUUUCCCCCUCAAAACUCUUUAAGAGUUCGGAGGACAAGAGGGGAGUGUUUGAUCGCCUCAGCAAUUUCUUCAACAAGAGAAAAAAGAGCAACAGUAGGCGGCAGUCGGAGGCCUGCGAUUCAAGUUCCCCAACGUCCCCCUUGUCUCCACAUUCACUCCAGUCGCUACAGGAGGAUGGCCUAAAGACACCAACUCCUUCUCGGAAAGACAGUCAACUAACAGGGAUUUCUCAUGGAGAAGACAGAACGGGAGCAGAGUUUGGUGACACCCUCAGCUCCAGUCCCAGCACCUUAAGCAUGGCUUCUCUGUUGACAGACGGAGCAGAGCUCCCGUUUGCAGAUAGUAAUAGCAGUGGCCAAAGCAGUGUGAGGGAGGUGCACGUGUGCAGGGUUAGCACAGCUAGCGGUGGAAGUAAUUCUGGGAAUUUGACUCCAACCACUCUGGAUCUUGCUACUAGCACUCAUCAAAGUGCUGAUUCCAGCUCAACACUAGGUUUUACAGAGUCAGUGGUGGAAGAAGUGAGCAAGAGGCUACAGGUCAGUUUGGAUGAAAAUGUCCUGAAGAAUACAGAGAGUUCCAAUGAGGAUAAUGCAGUUGGUCCCACCACACUGUUGGCGUUGAACACCCCCCUUUCCAAGGCAGCUGAGACCCCAAAGUCACCUAACUUAACUUCUAUAAGCUUAACAUCAAAUAAAACAUCAGUGAAAGUUGGAGAGAAGGGGCACAGGACUGCGCUGAGAGGAAUAACUUUAGGCUCUCAGUCGUCCACCUCACACCUCAUCUUGACCCAACAGGAUGAUGAGAACUCUUCCCCGGUCAUAGUGAGGGAAAACAAGAGGAGGGGUCAGGUAUUCUCUUGGAACACUGUAGGCGAAGCUUUUAGCGCCUCACCUGAGGAGGAGCAAGUGCCCAGAGGAGAUUCUCCCGUCCAACUCCACAAAGCUAUAUGGGUGGAAACAUACCUGGGAGCUGAGGAGGAAGGGGAGAGGGAGAGGGAGGGGGAGAAAGAGAAGGAUAUAAUUCAACGAGGGGAGGAAGGCUUCAGAGCGGACUCGCCUCCCGUGCUGGCUAUACCUGUCACAGUAAUUGCUGAGGACGACUCAAUCCCCCAGUGCGCUGCUGAAAGAAGGGCUUCUACCCCCUCCGAGACCUUGACGUCCAGUGGCAGCUUGCCAGAACCAGCCAUCUCCUUGGCACCGACUACAGGGGAGUUCAAAACAACCUUACCACAGCCAGAGGAGCCUGACACUGGCACAGACUCAAAGCAAAGUUCACAACAGGAGAAACGCAGAUCGAGAGAAAUUCGUGUCACGCGCAAGACUGUAAAUCUGCCUUCGAAGCACAAGGCAUUUGCCCACAAGGUGGACGUUAACCCUGAGCCAAGUUUGGAUGGGAACGAACCAGCAGGAGAAAAGCUCGCCAGAGUUUUGACUACAAAAACUUCAGAAACAACAGAAAGGAAGCUACUCCAAAACAACAACAAUGUGGAUCUCAAGGAAGCCAACCUUGAGCCAUUUCCAACAACAGAUGAGACUACACACUCUGAUACAAAUACUCCUGAACCGCUAGUUAAAGAAAAAACAGACUGUGAGGCCUCUGACUUUGAAAAUACCUCAACAACCUCAGACAUGUCUAUAGCAAAGUCCCGAGCGGUGGGAUCUGGGGUAAGUGGCCCAGGGGCUAACCAGUCUACACCCUCCAAACGAGGGGUCAAAGCAGCAGCAGCAGAAAGUCAGCAUUCCACGGCAAGUGGUGCAAAGACCCCGUCCGCAGCUGGCAGCAAGGCCAAAACUGGCACAACAAAGGCUAAGGCCUCCACAGAGAGCACAAAAGUGGGAACUUCCAGUAAUAUGCCACCAAUGAGGGAACAUAGCAAAGAUAAAACAGUUUCUAUGUUACCAACAUUGAAAGAUCAAAGCACCAGUGGUCCCUCAAGUCCAACAGGUUCAAAGUCUAAAAUCCCCAAAAGGUCAGCAUCAGAUGCUGAUGUGAAAUCACCAGUGACACCAGAUAAAACACCAGUGACUGAUGCCUCUGGGCCAGUGUUCACUGCUAAAUGGCAAAAACAACCCAAAACCAAAGAAGCUUUAAAAUCUCUGGUCACUGCAACCAAAGUUGGCAGGAAAAAAAGUUUUGAAGAAACCAAGGGAGGGAAAGCUCUGUCAGGAGACGUUUCUCCCACAAAAACAUUACACAAGACGGGAACAAAGCUUAUUAAAGAAAAUUCAGAUGAGGACAUUGGCUCGAUAAACCUGUUCAAUGGUGUGGAUAAAGACCAUGAGGAGAAUAGUACUAAAACAGGACACCCGAUUGGCAGAGAGGGCCUGGAUGUAAAAAAACAAGGGCAAAACUAUCUGGAGAAUAAUGCCUCCUUGGUAUCAAAGAGUCGGUUGCCCAUUUCAUCUCCAACAAGAAAGAAGAACGAUGAGAUAACUAAAACAAGUGGCACUAACUAUAAAAAAAUGUCAUCUGGUAAGACAGAUUCAGACAGAUCCACGACAGUCCAAAAGCUGCAAGAAGUGACUCCUGGUGAGAGACCUGGUAAUGAGACACCACAUCCGCUCCCUGAAAGUCCCAAAAAAGCAGGAAGCAUGCUGUCAACCAGAGUAUCCAAACACCUCUCUAAAAGAAGCAUGAGCCAAGAAGAGAGUGACUUUUGUUUCUCUCCACCUCCUACCAAGCAAGAGGAAACUGUCUCAUCAAGGCUCUCCAAACAGAGCAACAUCAAACACCACAGAAGUCUAGUAAAGGAUUCAGCUGAUCCCUCAUCACCUGUAAGGAAGCUUCCUACAAUGAGUCAAAUAGUAACAUCCAGAAAACAUUCACCAACUAGUAAUUCUGCAAGCACAUCCACAUCCACACAGGACUCAAAUCAGAACACUAACACAGAGAUAACUGUCAAAGCAUCUGAGAGUGGCAUAGCAGAUGUGAAAGACAAUACUAGUGGUGACAGAUUAAAAUUCAAGUUUCCGUCUACAGUGGAACAACAGCACAUCAUCAAAGUCCCAGGCAAUCAGUCCAAUACCAGUGAAAACAAGCUGAAAGGAAAUGAGACAAAGGAAUUAGAGAGCGUAACCAGCCCUGCAACUGAGGAGAUUUUAAUAAUCCAUCCAAUGCAAAGAAAAGAUGAGAUUAUUUCAGAAAACACUCCAUUAAACGUUACACCAGUUACAGGCCCAGGGACUGUGGUAUUGCCUUGCAAAGAAGUUGCCAAGGCAAGUCCAUCUCAGUCGCAAGUUACCGAUACUAAUACUGAGAGUAAUUGCCAGGUAGGGCAGCAUGAGACCAAACAACGAGUUAAGUCUACAUCUAUGAAAUCUCAAAUUCAAAGUGACAACACCGCCCAAGAACAGAAAACACAGUUUUCACAAAAGAUUUGUCCAGAAGAAGUAAAAGAGAAAGACAUUUUAGAGGCAACCAAGCUAAUAAGUAAGACAAAACCAGAUUUACUCCAGGAGAGACGCCUUCCAGAGCCGAAUUCUGCAGUUUUGGUUCAGAACACAAUAUCAGCUCAUGGGAAUGAAACUAAUAUGUCAGCCAAACCUGCUGUGGAUGGUAGCACUCACUGUGACAUCAACUACUCUGAUCAGGAAGGUGUUAUGCCCAUUAGUGUUUUCCUUGAAGAAACUAAUAAGGUCACUUCUAAAGAAAAUAAUAGAAAUAGUCUUCCUGCUAAAUUGGCCUCAAAAGACCAAGGUGCUGAGCCAAAAGAUGUACUUUUAGUCACUUCCGUUACUGUUUCAGUUGAUGACCUGUUAUUGAAGGAUCAAACCACAAAUAUCAUUCUUAGAAAUGAUAGCUUGCCCACAUUAAGCAGAGAUUUAGUUAAUGAUUUUGAGGUAGAGGAGGAAAGGAAAGAGGAGGCUUGCAGGAAACCCGCAAAGGCUUUGGACAUUCACACAGUGGCUGUUUGUGAAAUGCCCAAGAAUGUUGAAAAUAAGCUGGACAAAGAGCCUCUUUUACUGGCAGGAGAAUUUGAAAGUCAGGAGAAAGACUCAAAACCAAAUGAAAAGCGGAAUGAUGCAGCAGUGGAAAGCACUGACUCAGAGAACAUUUCCAAAAAGGAGCUUAAGGGCAUAACUAUUGAGAAAGAAGCAGAGAAAGGCAUUACAAAAACACAGAAGCCAACAGAACUAUUAUCAGAGGAGAAACGUUUACAGCCUGACUCAGAAGAGGGAGCACAGACGGUAGUUACGGCUGCCCUGGAAGAGAAGAUGACAGAAGCAGAGCAAGCAAGAAGUGCACUCCAUGAAAAUACAGUCAGUGUGGUUAAAACAAAGGAGAAAUGUGAGAUCCGCUUAAAAGAAAAUGCAGACAGUGGUGAUAAGGACAAAGACCAGCAGAUAAAGACAUCAGCAGAGAAAAAUAAACAGGAACCCAAAGUUCUUCUAGCCAAAGAUGAGAAGGUCAGGGAUAAGGAAGAAAUUCAGGGGGACAAACACACGGAUGUUGUGAAGAAGAGACAAACUCCAGAAUUAAACGCCAUGAGCUCUGGAACUAAUUCUACUAAAGAAAAUAUCCAAACAAAGGAUUUAUCAGUGAAGAAUUUACCAAAUGAGAUUUCAAAUAAGCCUGCUGGCUCCAAAGUUAGGAGACACAAGGAACAGAACACUUUAAUUGCUAAAGACCAAGAUGACAACAUUGAAAAAACAGAGGGACAUUCUUCUAGAUCAGCAGAAUCCAAAUGUCCAAAUACUGACCCAAAACAGGAACUGGAAAUGGUAAGAACAGAAGCUCCAGAUAAGAUAUCAGAAAGCCAAACUCAAGAAAUAAAGGUUGUAAGCACCAUAACUCAGAGUGCUGUCAGUACCAAGGAAAAUACUGAAGCAAAGGAUUCAAUAGAUGAAAGAUUGGUGGAUGAAACAACAAUGAGAACAGAAGCUCCAAAGAAGAUAUCAGAAAGGCAAACUCAAAAACUAAAGGUUGCAAGCACCAAAACUCAGAGUGCUGAUGGAGCCAAGAAACAGAAUACUUUAAUUGCUAGAGACCAAGAUGAGGACAUUAGAAAAACAGAGGAAAAUGUUUCUAGAUCAGCAGUAUCCAAUUUCCCAAAUGCUGACCUAGAACAACAACCUGAGACAGCAAAAGCUCCAGGGAAGACCACAGAAGUUUUACAAAUGGUUACUAGACAAGAACUAAAAGCAGUAAAUGGGGAAACCCAGAGUGCUGAAGGUACUAAAGAGAAGACCAAAACAAAGGAUCCAACAAUAAUGAGUAUGGCGAAUGACACUGCAAUUAUGCAUGCUGACUGUGAGGUUAAUGUACAACACCAGUUGUCCAUAGUUGUUAGCGAUCAACAUGCAGACAUAACUAAACCUGAUAUAAGCAUAUCAACAGAAUCCAAACGUUCAAAUAUUGACCUAAAACAUGAAUUGGAAAUGGUAAGAACAGAAGCUCCAGAGAAGAUAUCAGAAAGCCAAACUCAAAAACUAAAGGUUGUAAGCACCAAAACUCAGAGUGCUGAUGGAGCCAAGGAACAGACAACUUCAAUUUCUAGAGACCAAGAUGAUGACCUAGAAAAAACAGAGGAACAUACUUCUAGAUCAGCAGAAUCCAAAUUCCCAAAUGCUGACCUAGAACAACAACCUGAGAUAGCAAAAGCUCCAGGAAAGACCACAGAAGUUUUACAAAUGGAUACUAGUCAAGAACUAAAAGCAGUAAGUAGGGAAACCCAGAGUGCUGAAGGUACUAAAGAGAAGACCAAAACAAAGGAUUCAUCAAAUAAGAGUUUGGUGAAUGAGACAACAAUUAAACCAGAAGCUCCAAAGAAGGUAUCAGAAAGCCAAAAACUAGAAGCUGUAACCACCGCAACUCAGAGUGCUGAUGGAGCUAAAGAGAAGACUGGAACAAAGGAUACACCAAUUAAGAGUCGGGUAAAUGAGGUUUUAAUUGAGAAUGCUAAUUCUGAAGUUAGCACCCAAAAGGACCAGAAGCCCUCAAUUGUAAAAGAUGGACAUGUAAAGAUUAAGAAACCUGAGAAAAACUCUGAACAUUCCACUGAUAUUAAAGCCCUAACUGCAAACCCAGUUGUUUUUACAACUGAAAAAGCAGGUAGUCAGACUGAUAGUAAACAGAUGAAAAGAAAAGAAAUGAAAGAGGAGGGUGAAAUUGAAAACAAAGGGACAAAGCAGAAGGAUCAGCAGAUGAAUGCCUCAAAGAUAGACACCAAGCAAGAGUCGGAACGCAUUACUGUAAUAGAUGCAUCAAGCAGAAAAGAUGAGGAAGAACAAAAAGACAAACCCACUGUUGUUCCAGAUAAAGUACUUAAUAGCCCUGAUGCUCAGAAGAAUGAUGAAGAAAAAACUAAAACAGAUCUGAAACCAAAACAGCAGACUUUAAGAGAAGAGACACCCAUAAACCUCAGUUAUCCACAAAAGCCUUCAAAGCCAACACUCAAUGGCAGUUUGUCUCGUUCUGCGACAGCAGAACCACCUUCAACAUCUCAAAGUAUUCAGCAAAAGGAGUCUCCAUCUAGCUGGUUAGAUGUAAUGCAUCAAAAACAAAAGGAACAUAAAAGAAGAUUAAAUGCCUCCGCCAGUGAGGAUACAUCUCUUGAGCCUGACGACUUUGAUCAUUUUAUCAGGAGCAUUAAGGAGGGCAGCAUUCCGUUCUCGCUGCCUCCAAAGAGGCAUGUUCGUAAAAAGUCCCCAUCUCCACCUUAUGCCAUGCCAGCCAUCAAGGAGGACCAUUUUGAGAGAACGUUUGAUCCAGAGGAAUUCCAGUUUGGCUUAAGAAAACAUGGCAACAUUUUUAGGGAUCCUUCCCCAGCUAUGAUGCUUAAACAAAAAGCAGCUGAUAGGAAAGGACUGACCUUAGAAAAAUGUGCAGAAGAUAGUGUCAUGCACUCACCAAGGGACAAUAUUAAAUCACUUGAUGAGGUGGAAGGAAAAGAUGGAGCCAACGAGGGGACACACAUUAAAGCAGGAAAAGAAGAGGGACAAACAAACAAUGGAGAAGAUCCUGGGAAGCUGACAUCACGACUUGGGAGGAUGUCCAUCCUCUCCAACUUACUGAGUUCCCCUCAUUCCUCCAGGAAGGCCAAAGAGGAAGCUACCACCACCUCAAAUAACCCACAUUCCAACAAACAACAGGGCCUGCUCUCACUUGCAAAGCAGGAAGUUGUUGAAUCACCUUUGCCUGCCGUUGAAGCAGAUAAGAAGGGAGUGAGAAGUACAGAUCAAGGCCCACUUGUGGGUGGUGGUAUAGGUACAGGUAGUGAGUCAGCACUCAACCACUCCUCUCCUCCUCUGCCCUUGUUCUCUGAGAUAAAGCUGCCUGUUCAUUUGGAGAAGUACCUCAAGAAUAACAAAUCAGAAUCUGAGGCCUCCCAGGGCUCUACACAGACAACUAAAACUAAAAUGAAUCCUGAGGGUUCUGUGAUAGACCAGGCCUCGAUAUCAGGAGUACCCGAUGUGGAUGUAAGCCUGAAGGACCCUGCAGGAGUGCCUCCAACCGGCAACAAUAGCCAGCAGACUUGUAGAAAUGGACUUGCUACUUCUACAACUAAGAUACCUGUAGUAAGAGGGUUUCACAAAAGGCCUGGAAAGAUUGUGAUACAUGAACAUGCUCAGUUUGGAGGGCAGCCGUUUGAACUCUACUGUGAUCUAGAGGAUGCCACCACAAUUAAGCUUUCCCCCGUCAUCUCAGUCAGAGUAAUCAGAGGAUGCUGGCUCCUCUUUGAAAAACCUGGCUUCCAGGGUCGUAUCAUCGCACUUGAGGAAGGUCCCACAGAGCACUUGGUGAAUAUGUGGGCAGAGGAGGAAACACCAUCAACACUAGACCAGAUGGGUCAACCUGUACCAACAGCACCUAUGGUCAUAGGUUCUAUUCAGUUGGCAGUUAGAGAUUAUAGCAUACCCCAAAUCGACCUGUUUGCAGAAUUCAAUGGGUUGGGGAGGAUGUCAUCUUACUGUGACGACGCUGUAGAGAUUGCCUCCUUUGGGAUUCCACAGACCACCGGCUCCAUUAAGGUUCAUUCUGGAGUCUGGCUGGUAUACACUGAUCCAGGGUUUGGAGGUUUUGUUGGAGUGCUGCAGGUUGGGGAGUAUCCCCGCCCAGAGUCCUGGGGAUUCCCUGAGCCCUUUAUCGGGUCCCUCAGACCUCUCCGAGUGGGACCAAUAAUGGUGGAGCAUCCUCGUGAAUUCAAGGCCUUAGUGUUUGAGAAGCCCAACUUUGAUGGAGAGUGCAUAGAGGUUGACAGCGAUGCGUAUAACUUGCAAGUAGAGCUGGAAGAGGAGAAAACAGGCAAACCAGACGAGAACAAGAAGACAUUGUCUACAGUGGGGUCUUUAAAGAUACUUGGUGGUCUCUGGGUGGGCUAUCAAGAGGCAGACUUUGAAGGCCAGCAGUACAUCCUGGAGGAGGGGGAGUAUCCUCACUGCAGUGACUGGGGAGGAUCUGAGGAUGGGCUCCUGUCGCUUCGGCCUGUAUGCGCAGAUUUCCUUUCCCCUCACGUCAAACUGUUCAGUGAGCGGCACUUUGAUGGACUGGGGCGCAACGUGGACUUGCUGGGCCAUGUCAUCAGCAUGGAGGACGUCGGCCAUAGUGGCAAAACUCAGUCUGUCAACGUCAUGGGUGGAGUGUGGGUGGGGUUUGAGAAGCCUGGAUUCAGUGGAGAGCUCUACGUUCUGGAGAGAGGCCUGUAUGCAAGCCCAGAGGACUGGGGAGCCCAGAACUUCAACAUCUCAUCCAUACAGCCGGUCUUCCAUGACCCACUGAUGGUAAAAACCAGAUUCAAGGUGCAGCUGUAUUCUGAGCCAGACUUCCAGGGAAGGCUGGUGGCUCAGGAGGACAGCGCAGCAGCCCUGGAUGAGGACUUCCAACCCAAGUCCUGUAAGGUGCUGGCUGGCAGAUGGGUGGCAUAUGAAGGAGCUCAGUUCACAGAGAACAUGUAUGUGUUGGAGGAGGGAGAUUACCCCAACACAGAGGCCAUGGGCUUCCUGUCCUCAGACUCUACCAUUCGCUCCAUACAAACCCUUGGACAUGAGUUGUCCCUGCCCUCCAUUGUCCUGUUCAGUAAGGUGGGCUGUAGAGGGCGCAAGACGGCGCUGACUAACGGAGCUGUGAACCUGAUGCAGGCAGGCAUGGACACGCGCAUAUGCUCCCUGGUAGUGGAGGGAGGAAUGUGGGUGUUGUACGAAGGCAGUAACUACCGGGGUCGACAGCUGCUUCUCCAGCCUGGUGAAGUGACUGAUUUGUGGAAGUUCAGCGGCAGGCGGCAAUUAGGAUCCCUACGUCCAUUACCCCAGAAGCAGAUGUACAUCCGUCUGCGGAACAUGGAGACCGGAUGUGUGAUGUCCCUGACAGGAACUCUGGAUGACAUCAAGCUGAUGAGGGUUCAGGCUGUGGAGGAGACAGGAGGGUUAGAGCAGGUCUGGCUCUAUCGGGAUGGGCAGCUUACCUGCAAGCUGGUGGAUGAUUGUUGCCUGGAGACCACAGGCAGUGUGGUGAUGGAGGGCGGACGGCUUUGUGUUGCCCCGGAGCGAGGCAAAGGCAACCACCUGUGGAACAUCACCCCAGAUGGCCGAGUGCACUGUCACCUCAAACCUAACCUGGUCCUGGAGGUCAAAGGUGGUCAUCAGUAUGACAAGAACCAGGUGAUCCUCAACACGUGCAAUGAGAGAAAAUUGAACCAAAUUUGGACCUUGGAUAUCCUGUGAUCUGAUGAGCCUCGUGCUAACUCAUUAUGAACCCUGUGGAAGACGCACACGCACACACACACACACACACAUAGUUGGCCUGGGAGGUCACUGCACCUUUUUGUGGUAUUUUGACACUCCUUGAGGAGGGUAACCAUUGACUGGAUCAACAUUUAAACUAUUAUCAUAGUGUAAAAAAUAUUGCUUAUUUUUAACCCCUUGAUUUCAAACACUAUAUACCAAAGACUCCCUUCUCUGUUUUGACUGCAUGUAGUGAAAACUCAGCCCUGUUUCAAUGCUGCAUACCUUUCUUCACUUUAUGGUACUUUUUGACUUCAUGGCUCCGAUUUUCCAGUUUUCUUUUCAUGAUGGUGGCCAAUAUGAAUGUAAAGUGUAUUGACAGCUGCAAUAUGAAGUCCGAUGUGCCCACAAUCCAAAGAUUUUUUAAGACUAAAGAGUUUUCAUUUUUAUUGUUGGAGAUCAAAAAUGGUUUGAAUAUCUUUUUAAAAUGUGAUAGGUUUUUUCCAUUUUUACACAAACUGUACUUUGCUGUAUUAGGUUGUACAUAAGCAUCACUUGUAUAGAUUUGGGCCUAAAUUUUAAAGCAGAACUGCAAUGACAAUGUCACACACUGUUGAUUGUAAAUAUGUGAAUGU